GCAGGGGCGGGGCCCGGAGAGGGGCAAGACCAGGCACAGUACCCAGCCCCUGGGCAGACGCCGAGCGAGGAGAAAGGGGCGAUACCAAGAGAAGUGCGAGGGUUCUAGCCACAUUAUGUGCGGCCCAGCCAUGUUCCCUGCCGGUCCUCGGUGGCCCAGAGUCCGAGUCCUGCAGGUGCUGUGGGCCCUGCUGGCAGUGCUCCUGGCGUCGCGGAGGCUGUGUGCGAUCAAGGAUUUCGAAGAAUGCACCUGGCAGGUUGUCCUAAACGAGUUUAAGAGGGUAGGCGAGAAUGGUGCGAGUGACCGCUUCUUUGAGCAAGAGCUCGUGGACACAGUAGGCAACUUGUUUCACAUGCUGGUGGACUCACCCAUCGACCCGAGUGAGAAAUACCUGGGCUUCCCUUACUACCUGAAGAUCAACUACUCCUGCGAGCAAAAGCACUCUGAGGACCUGGUGCGCAUGGGCCACCUGACGGGACUAAAGCCCGUGGUGCUGGUCACCUUCCAGUCGCCAGUCAACUUCUACCGCUGGAAGAUAGAGCAGCUACAGAUCCAGAUGGAGGCUGCCCCCUUCCGCAGCAAAGAGUCAUGCAUGGCAGAGGAAGUGUGUAGCAUGAGCUGGUACACGCCCAUGCCUAUCAAGAAUGGCAGUGUGGUCAUGCGUGUGGACGUCAGCAGCAAUGGCCUGGGGACCUUCAUUCCAGAUGAAAGGUUCCAGGUGAAUAUCAAUGGCUUCCUGAAGAGAAACCAGGACAAUAACAUCCAAUUCACUGUGGGAGACGAGCUCUUCAACCUGAUGCCCCAGUACUUUGUGGGUAUCUCAUCGAGGCCCUUGUGGCACACUGUGGACCAGUCACCUGUGCUCAUCCUGGGAGGCAUUCCCAAUGAGAAGUACGUCCUGAUGACUGACACCAGCUUCAAGGACUUCUCUCUGGUGGAGCUGAGCAUUGACAGUUGCUGGGUGGGCUCCUUCUACUGCCCCCAAUCUGGCUUCACGGCCACCAUCUAUGACACUGUUGCCACCGAGAGCACCCUCUUCAUUCGGCAGAACCAGCUGGUCUACUAUUUCACAGGCACCUAUACCACACUCUAUGAGAGAAACCGCGGCAGUGGCAGCUGGGUUCGUGUCCUGGCCAGCGAGUGCAUCAAGAAGCUGUGCCCUGUGUAUUUCCAUAGCAAUGGCUCUGAGUACAUAAUGGCCCUCACCACGGGCAAGCAUGAGGGUUUUGUACACUUCGGGACCAUCAAAGAUGGCCAGGUGUCCUUUGAGAUGCUGCCCAGGCAGUGGUCUGUGUGCGAGCAGAUGGGAGUUACCACCUGCUCCAUAAUUUGGUCUGACUACAUCGCGGGUGAGUAUACCCUACUGCUGCUAGUGGAGAGCGAAUAUGAAAAUGCCAGUAAACGUUUCCAGGUGGCCAGCUACAACACAGCUAGUGAUGACCUGGAACUUCUCUACCGCAUCCCGGAGUUCAUCCCUGAAGCUCGAGGAUUGGAGUUCCUGAUGAUCCUAGGGACGGAGUCCUACACCAACACUGUAAUGGCCCCCAAGGGCAUCUCCUGUAACCCGUACAACCACCUGAUCUUCAUCUGGGGCAACUUUCUCCUGCAGAGCUCUAACAAGAAAAACUUCAUCUACCUGGCAGACUUCCCCAAGGAACUGUCCAUCAAAUACAUGACCAGAUCGUUCCGUGGGGCUGUGGCUAUUGUCACGGAGACGGAGGAGAUCUGGUACCUCCUGGAGGGUAGCUACCGGGUGUACCGGCUGUUCCCAUCCAAGGGCUGGAAGGUGCACAUCAGCUUACAGCUGAUGCAACAGUCCUCUCUCUACGCAUCCAAUGAGACCAUGCUGACCCUCUUCUACGAAGGCAGCAAACUGUACCAGCUGGUGUACCUUAUGAACAACCAGAAGGGCCAGCUGGUCAAGAGGCUUAUGCCCGUGGAACAGCUUCUGAUGUAUCAACAGCACACCAGCCACUAUGACUUGGAUCGGAAAGGGGGCUACUUGAUGCUCUCCUUCACCAACUUCUGCCCCUUCUCGGUGAUGCGCCUGAGGAACCUGCCCGGUCCGCAGAGAUACACACGCCAGGAGCGCUACCGGGCACGGCCACCGCGCGUCUUGGAGCGCUCGGGCUUCCACAACGAGAACUCGCUAGCCAUUUACCAGGGCCUGAUUUACUACCUGCUGUGGCUGCACUCCGUGUACGACAAGCCGUACGCGGACCCGGUGCACGACCCCACCUGGCGCUGGUGGGAGAAAAACAAACAAGACCAGGAUUACUACUUCUUCCUGGCGAGCAACUGGCGAAGCGCGGGCGGAGUGUUCAUAGAAAUGGACAGCUACGAAAAGAUCUACAACCUCAAGUCCGCGUACGAGCUGCCGGAGCGCAUUUUCUUGGACAAGGGCACUGAGUACAGUUUCGCCAUCUUCCUGUCGGCGCAGAGCCACUCGUUCCGGACGAUGGCAGAACUCGGCACCGUCUUCCAGCUGCAUAGCCAGGUAGACGUGGGCGUGGUGCUGGCCGACCCCGGCUGCAUCGAGGCCUCGGUGAAGCAGGAGGUCUUGAUUAAUCGCAACGCGGUGCUAUUUUCGAUUACGCUCAAGGAUAAAAAGGUUUGCUAUGACCAAGGCAUUAGUGGACACCACCUUAUGAAGUCUUCCAUGACGGUCAAUGUGGUGGGUUCAUCCGGGCUCUGCUUCCAGGAAACGCACGAGGGGGCCCGUAUGCAAGGCAACCUGAUGGUGCCAGUGUUCAUUGGCUGCCCUCCAGGCAAGCGCCUGGCGUUCGACAUCACCUACACUCUGGAAUACAGCCGCCUGAAGAACAAACACUACUUUGACUGCGUUCAAGUGGACCCCGAGAUGCCCUGCUUUCUCUUCCGGGACAUUUUCUACCCCUUCUUCUUGAUUCAAGAUUUGGUGACAGGAGACUCCGGCAGUUUCCAGGGCAGCUACGUGCUGCUGGUGGUGGGUGGCGGGCCCACACUGGACACACUCAAGGACUACAACAAGGACGAAAUCUACCGCUUCAACAGCCCCUUGGACAAGACCAACAGCCUUAUCUGGACCACGAGGACCAAAAGGACCACCAAAGACUCAGCCUUCCACAUCAUGUCCCAUGAGAGCCCGGGUAUUGAGUGGCUCUGUCUGGAGAACGCCCCAUGCUAUGACAAUGUUCCCCAAGGCAUCUUCGCCCCUGAAUUCUUCUUCAAGGUGUUGGUGAGCAAUAGAGGAGUGGACACGAGCACCUACUGCAACUACCAGCUCACCUUCCUGCUGCACAUCCACGGGCUGCCACUCAGUCCCAAGCGGGCCCUUUUCAUCCUCAUGGUGUCAGUCAGCGUGUUUGUGGGCCUGGUGAUCUUCUACAUUGCCUUCUGCCUCCUGUGGCCCCUCGUGGUGAAGGGCUGCACGAUGAUCCGGUGGAAGAUAAACGAUAUCAUUGCCUCAGAAUCCUACUACACCUAUGCCUCCAUUUCUGGAAUGUCGAGCAUGCAGUCUCUGAGACGUUCCAGGAUGGGCUCCAUGUUCAGCUCCAGGAUGACAGAGGACAAGGCUGAACCCAAGGAAGCCGUGGAGAGACAGUUGAUGACCUGAGUCUGCCGCGUGCCCCAGCCCCCAGUCACUGUCACACUUCCCCUAUGAGGCCCAUCUUGAAGAUGCAGCCUGUCACCCAGCUCAGACCUCUGUUUUGCUUGAUGUUUACUUCUCGUUCAGACGAAAAUAAAGCCUUUUUUCAGGA